ACCACCCCAAUCGCCACCCUCUGCGGGACCCGCCCAAACUCGGUGGGAGAGAAACGCGAGUGAGUUUUUGCAGGGCGGGUACACACCCGGCCUUGGCUUGGUCAAAGUCUCUUCCUGGCUCCUCUUGGUAUGAAGCCCCAGGGGGAGCGCACGGACAGCUGUCCCCGGUGCCACUCAAGGCCACGAGGGCUAUGGGUGAUGCAGCCACGGGGCCCCGCUUCUGACGUGCUCAGCUUCUGGCAGCUAUCCCACUGGAGAGUCCUGCUCCUGAUUGGCCUGGUCUUUGCAUGCACAGUUCAGGGAAGAAACAAUGGCCCACUGGACCUUGACCUGGAAUUAGAGCCCCAGCACCGACAGCAACCAACCCAUGGGACAUGGACACACUGGGGCAGCUGGAGUGCUUGUUCCAGUACCUGCGGGGACGGCGUCUCCUUCCGGAUCCGGAGGUGUAUCAGGCUUCCUGGAGAAGAGCCCUGCCAAGCGGAGGCCAGGCAGUAUCGCAUCUGUGAGCAGAAAGCCUGCCCAGCUGGCACUGUCCCCUUCAGGGCUAUGCAGUGCGCUCUCUACAACAGCAGGCCCAUCCUAGGGGGGCAGGCCCAGUACCAGUGGGUCCCCUUCCAUGGAGCUGCCAACCUCUGUGACCUUAACUGCCUGGCAAUGGGGCACAAUUUUUACUACAGCUUUGGCCGAGUCUUGGACGGAACCCCCUGCAGCCCAGCAUCGCCGGAACUCUGCAUCAGCGGCCGCUGCUUGAGAGCCGGCUGUGAUGGAGUCCUGGGCUCCGAGGCACGGGCCGAUGCCUGUGGCGUCUGUGGGGGCAGGAACGAGUCCUGCGUCUUCGUCCAGGAAGCCUUCCGGGUGGCGGUUCCCACCUCUGGUUUCUUUGGGUACAGGAACGUGACCCAGAUCUCAGCCGGAGCCAGACAGAUCAGGGUGAUUGACAACAGCCGCAACUAUCUCGCCCUGAUGAAAGCAAACCAGCAUUAUGUCCUCAACGGGGAGUGGGCCGUGGAUCAGCCAGGUGCAUUUGAGGCAGCAGGCACCCAGUGGCAUUACACUCGCACGGCUAACGGGCAUGAGACCCUUGAGGCAGCCGGACCCACAAGCGACGAUCUAUUUGUCAUGGUCCUUUGUCAGGAGGAGGACCUCAGCAUAGACUACCAGUACUGGGGGCCAAGGAAGCAGACCCUCCACCGUGCGCAGGGGGAGGCCCAUGCUCUGCGCCAGCCCCAGGCCAGGGAGGUAGAGGCCCAGCACCCAGAAGAGCCUGCAGACUUUCCUGAAGCUACAGCAGCGACGCGCCAUUUCGCCAAGGCCGAGGAGGUGGCCAAGGAGGCACCGCAGGUCACCCCAGCACCCUUGAGGACUCCUACAGCACCAGGACCCUGUGGGAAGUGCGACCCGCCGAGAGGAAAGUCGCAACGCCUUCACCACUACUGCAACAGCGACUUCGUCUUCCGAGCACGGAUCCUCUCGAAGCGCUACGUCGGCUCCGAGACACGCUACGACGUGCAGGUGCAGCAGACGUACCGCAACCGCUACCCGCUGCGCUCGCGCGAGUACCUCUGGGUGCCCAACACCUGCGACUGCCCCCACCUGCUGGAGCGGCGCGAGUACCUGCUUAUGACGCGGAAUCACGUCAACUUCGAGCAGACCCUCAACCGGCUGCUGCUGCAGCGCGGCGGCUACGCCCGGCCCUGGUCGCCCCGCGAAGACCUGCUGCUACGCGACGCCGCCCUGCGUUGCCAGCCCGGCCCUCCCGCCUGAGAGCCUCCGCUCGCGGAAGGGAGCCGUGAAACCCCGCCACGGACGCCCAGUCCGCCCCGCCCGGCAGGAGAGCGCAGACGCCGGACUCGGCCGCCGGCUUGCUGGGCUUCUGAACCGCCCGGGGACGAAUCCGACCGACCGUGCCGGCAAAUCCCGCCGCCGCCGAGCCGCAUCCAAGCUGGCCGAGUCCGAGCAAAAGGGGUCUGCUGGAUCAGCCCCGUGAUUGUCUCCCGGAAGAGCAGCCAAGCCCCAGGCGCCCAGUGGCCUCCGCAGUUUGGCUCCUUUGGCCGAUGCUGCUACUGGGUGGACCGAUGCUGCGUCCCGCUGCCCCGUGGGUAAUCUUGCGCUGAUCCCCUAGGUCUGAAGGAGAGGCCUGGCCCCGGACACCGACGGAAAGGAAGCGCUCCCACCCCGGCUAGCGAUGGUAGUUUUUUUAUUAUGAUUAAAUAAUAACAUUGAAAGAAA